AUGGUUCUGCUUGAAGAUCAGGUCAUGGCGGUCCCCUUAAUGUCGGCAAAGGUGCCUAAGCGCUCUAUUGAAGAAUACUUGAUUUUUUUUGGCAUUGUACCAAGAGGUUUGCUGCUCAGUGGCAAGUGGUACUUAGAAGAACAUACCCUUGGUUCCAGCCUGGACACAGACUCUUCGAGAAGGAGCCAGAAGAAGAAGAAGCAAAAGGACUGCACCUACUCGGUAAACAAGAUCAGUAAUAGUGUGGACACCCUCUAUCCAUCCGUGGAGCCUAACUCUUGCAGUUCUGGUGAGUCUGAUGCUUGGUGGAAAGCUUGGUUUGCUAGUCUGCCAAAUGCUAGUACUACUGUGAAGACUUUGUUUGAAACUUGGGAUGCUGGGACUAUCCUGGCAGAACCAUAA